CAAAAACAAUGUUCUAGUGAACAGAGAAUAAAUGGAUAUAACCAGGAACAGGAACAUACUGGUUUUAUAACAGAUAAGAUCAGAAUGACAGGACAUAGGAACAUCCUUGAACACACAUGAUUACUCUGAUCUUCUUCUAAAUGCUAGUUAAGCUAACCUGCAUAACAUGAAAGAAGUGUACAUGUGUGGCAUGUGUGUGUGUGUGUGUGUGUUAUCAGGGGUGGGUAGGGCCAGAAAGAGCUGGCUGCAAUCCCUCCUUCCUCACUAGAACGAUCCGUAACUGAUCACCGCUGAAAGGAGAGUGUUCUAAACAAGGAAGAGAGGGUGGUGUUCAUACACACCAUGCACACAAGCAGCCUGGAUUGCUGGCACUGCACAUAGUGUGACCGCACUGUCCUCCAUCUGCAGCUGGAGUAGAGAGUCAUCAGGAAGAGAAAUGAGGAACUAAAAGAGUAGGAGGCUCCAGAUGUGGCAGAUGUUCUGUACACUUUGGGAAUCUAGUGCUUUUGGGAGGCUACAGUACUGUCAUGGGAAACCCCAUCAGCAAAAAGAAGGCAAAGGCCAAUUUUAUCACCAACCACCACCCAAGUAAAGUUAAGGCUUUCUGGAAUAUUGGACAUGUGGACAAGUUAAAACCAGCUGGACAAAAGCAAGAUGAGCAGACAAAACUGACAGUGCAUUACACAGCCUCCCAACACUACCAGGAGAAUGUGUUCAUUGAAGGUAGCAGGCCAAAGUAUCUGGAAGAUCUGCACACUGAAGCCCAAGAAGGACUUAAGAUACUACAACAAGAGGAGCAUAAAAUUGCAAGGGACCUUGAGGAUGAUCAGCCUGUCUCCACAAUAACAGCACAGCAAGAAAAUGAUGUCAGCUGUGAAGAAAGAGAUGGACAUCUGAGAUUUGACAGCAAUGCUGAUCAGUCCAUUACAUCAGUAUCUACUGUAUCUGCAGUGUCCUCAAGACCUGUGCUAACACGCCAAGGUUCGACAUUUAAGCCUUUAAACACUGUGAAGAGGCUGGACAACCCCAGAAAAAGGAGUAGAAGAACAACAAUUAUGGGCAUACCACAACAGGUUCAUAGAGAACUAUGUAUGGGGAGGGGAGCCUUACUACAACUCCCAACUGAUGAAGAUGAUGAUUCAUCUGGUAGAGUCAUAAUCCCAAGAAUUGAUGGAGAGGUGCCUAUUACAAAUAAUGAAGGGGCACGUGUACACCUACAGGAUAUUGAAGCCCUUCAGGUUUCCAGAGAUGAUCAACUUCUCAGGCACCACAUACAGGCUGUGUACAGAGAUGACUUCCUUCUAAACACCAAAUCUGGACUACAAAUAUCCCUGAGACCCAGGUCUCUUGCUGUACCAGGAAUAACAACUUCCUCUGCCCUAUUGCAAGAACCACAAGGUCCUGUGAUGUCUAUUUCACCACAGGCUACGUAUUUAUCCACAAUUAUUCCUAAUGCAAUCCUACCUUCUGCAAUAGAUGUGAUAGAAAUUGAUAGAAGCUGCAACAGGAGGAGUGUACGUACAGUUAGCAAGAGCAGCUUAGCACCUGCAAGUCCAGUUUCUUCACGCUCAGGAGGUGGUACUCAUGAUGAACCAAAUUCCACCGGCUCUAAAUGGAGCCAUUCACAAUCUUCUGAGACUAUUGUCUCCCACCCCUCCACCAUCUCCUUCAAAGGAAGCAUGCCAUCUUCACAUCUAACAGACAGCAUGAAGGAAGUCACAGAUUUAAAUGAAGAACAGAUGAGUCUUAAGAGCUCAGUCAGUUGGUCAAGUUCCACCAGUAAAGCAGGCAGUCAGAGACUGGAUCAAGGGGAACUAAGUGAUUCUGCCGAGACUGCCCAAAACAGUCGACUGUUCUCUCGUAAUCUGUCAGUAAUCAAGGCUAAACUACCACCAGCACCACCAAGGAGAACAUACUCUUUACACCAUGAAAACCUUAAGCAAAGGCCAAGGGAACUGGCAGACACAAAAGAUUUGAAAUACCUAGGAUCCAAUUGCAGGCAACCGGAUGCAGAUCUUAAUACGAAAGAAGAUCCUACAUCAUCCUACACUGAAAAUAUCUCUACCCUGUCUCCAGUAUCACCAUUGUUUGAUGACUCUAACUUAUCUGUGACAGCCAGUCCACACAGACCAGUUCAAGACUCUAUUGAAGCUCAAUCAGAAUCAAAUAACUCAUCCCCACAGGACAUAUUUGAAAGAACACUAUCGCCUUCAAGUGGAUACUCAAGUCAAAGUGGAACACCCACCCAUUCUUCUAAAGACAUCUGUCCUACCUCUCCAGGAAAACAGAAGUUGAAGCCUCCAAAGCCAGAGAGGGCAGGAACACGAAUUUCUCCUGCAGUAUCCGUCUCAUCAUCCCUGGUUUCCCUGUCCUCAAAUGUAUCAGAUCCAGCCAAUCAGCUUACACAAACCCACACCACUCAAUCACAGCCAUCAAAGAUCUCCCCUGCUGUAAAAAUAAAAAACAAAGUGACUCCACCACCUAUGGCAACCCUCAGGGAAUUGUUUAACAUUCCUCCUCCACCUAAGGUAAAAGCGCCUUGUCCCCCACCACCUGAAACCUGGGCUCACAAUGAACGCACAGCUGAACUUUUAUGUGGUCCAAGUCCAAAUGCCCACAGAAUAUAUGAGCUCCAAAAACAUUAUCAAACAGACAUUUUAUUGAUGAGAAAUCAGGCCACAGCCGAUACCACUAACCUAACUUCUGCACAGGGACAGAUAUCAGUAGAAAUUGAAACAAAUGGAACUCAUACAGAGAAUAAAACACCAAUGUCUGAGGGAAAGGAUGAGCUCAUGCCAGUGCAAGAACAAGCUCCUCUGGAUGAAAGGGAACAAGUGAGUCAUGUUGUACACAAGAGAGAGCAUGAAAACUCAGAAAGGCUAAAAAUAGAGCAAGAAAGUCCAGUAAAUUCCGAGAAAUUGCAGUCAGCAGACAAGGUUAAUGAAAUAUUGCUGUUAAAAGAGCAAUUUGUCAGUGAGUCAGGUCAGUCAGGUCAAACUGAUGGUUUGCCAGAGAAUGACUUUUCAACCCCAGAGACAGAGAGAACUGACGCAGAAGACCAAUGUUUUGUCAAACACUCCACUGAUAAAGAGAUCUUCAAACAUACACCCACACAUAAUCUAAGUGUAGAAGGUCCUAGAGCCAGUGGUAUCUCUCCACCUCCCUCUCCACCUCCUCAACACUCUCCUCCUCCACCACCCUCUAAAAUGUCUUCAGUAUGCUCAGUGUCUGUACUAUUACAGGAGGAAGAACUACAGCCUGAGACAGAAAAAGAACUCCUCACUCUGGAGCCUUCCUGGCCUCCACCACCUCCACCUAUGGACGAGUCAUCUGAUUUGCUAUUUGAAGGACAGGAUGAGACAGACUUCCCUCCACCUCCACCACCAGACAUGCAAGAAUCGUUUAUAGUCAUGACACAGCACUACAAGGUAGACUCAUCAGGACAGGGAGACAGUGUGGCUCCAGAGAAGUCACCUGAUUUAUCAUAUAUAGACAGUCACACAAAGCAAAAUCCAGACCCACAAAUUAUUCAGAGCACAACAUUAGUGGAGAAAACAUUAAAUGAAUCUCUACCAGUUGAUAGCAUUCCAAAUGUGUCAGAUGACAAUCUCUUUGAUCAAAUACAUGCCAAACCACAAUCUUUUGAGAAUGUUUCACAAAUUUGCAUUGAUCUAGUUGGUUCAGAAACUACUGUAUCUUCUGAAAUUUCUCUGAAAUCUUCCAAAUCACAGGAUAUACCUUUACAAACUCUGCCUCAAGAAACCCCUCGUCCACCUCAACAUGAUCCUCUAAAUCCAUCAGCCAUAUUACCUAAAGAUUUAUCACAGCAAACGUCUCAUGCACUCUCUGCCGAUUUGAAAAUUAUACCUCCCCUUCCAAUGGAAGAUCAGUCCACAGUUAAUUUCAAAAGACAACCAAGUCUAAUAAGUAAAGACAGCAGAUGCAAAGGACUUUCGUCCACACAGAAAUGUGCACCUAUUACAAAAGAGGAUGCGAACAUUCCCCUUGUCACACCAUCCCUACUUCAGAUGGUACGUCUACGGACUGUAAAUGUUGAAGACCAAGUUAACCUUCUUUCACAAGAAGUUACAGCUGGUACUGAGACCACCCCAGACCAAGAUCUGUCUGUGUCUAAUCAAGUAACUCCACAAAAACCUAUUCGCAAAUCCUGCACAAAAUCGAUGGAGUCUCCUGUGAAGUCAUUCUCUGCAUCCUCGGGUCCUUCUAUGCGCCUUCAAGAGGCUAUACGUAUGAAGACAGCUGCAAUGUCUUCCAGUAGCUUUCCAGCAAGGCCCAGUCUACGUUUGCCAACCCCCACUGCAAACAGCAAUGAUGUGCCUGUACUGUCCCCUAAGACACCUGAUGAUUGUAAGUCCCCUGCCUCCACAGCCAGCUUCAUUUUCUCCAAGAGCACAAAGAAAGUUGUUAUUGAAACAGCAACAUCUCCAGAGGCCCAGGCCAGCCUCAAGCAGAGCCUUGCAGCAGAGCUCAUGCAAAUUUCUGAUCAGCAUAAAUCAGUGGUUACAAAUGGCACAAAGAAGCAUCACAAGGUGCCACCACCUGUUGCAAAGAAACCAGUAUAUGCAACAAGUCCAUCAGAGAAAGUUGGAACUGUCACAACUGUUACAAUAGUGGGCUCUUCAAUUAAGCAAAAAAAUGGAGGAGCAAAUAAUCAACAGACUGACAGAGUGCAACCUGCUGGCCAGUGAGUGCCUUCCACCACAGGUGAAGAAAAGACUACAAGGUGUCUUGAGUAAUGCUUUGGCAGAACUGUUCAACACCAGGAAAACAAAGUUAGCAAAGACAAUGUGUAGCAAUCAUGGACAAUGUCACUGUUCUAUUGUAAAAGCCUUAGCCUGACCAUGGCCUUCAUAUUUAUGCAAAAAAAUUGGAGUUGGUUCCAAUUCUUUUGAUACAAUAGCUUUACUGUAGCUUUGGCAUAUUUUUCUACACAAUAAAUUUUUUUUUUCUCUUUUGGCAAGUUUUAAACCACCAUAUGUUAUUAAUGGUGGCUGCUGCAGUUAGAUCUUGUAAAUUCCUAAGUUUAUUCUUUGACUGCAAUGUUAAUCUAUUAUCUAGUGGUUAUAAUGGGUAGUAGUCACUGCUGAUCAAAGACCUCUUUUCCAACACAAGUACGCAUUUUUAUGCUCACAAUUACAUUGUUUAUCCUCCAUUUACAUUAUAAGGCCCAAUGUUUGUAGACACCUGACUAUCAUACCCAUAUGUGCUUUUUGAAAAUUCUAUUCCAGAUUCCCCCUUUGCUGAUAUAAUAACCUCCAAUCUUCUGGGAAGGCCUUCCACUAGAUUUUGGAACAUUUGCCAAUUCAGCCACAAGAGCAUUCGUGAGGUCAGGCACUGAUGUUGGGCGAGGAGGCCUGGGGUGCAAUGUGCCUUCCUUUUCAUCCCAAAGGUGUUCAGUGGGGUUGAGGUCAGGGCUCUGUGCAGGCCACUAGAGUUCUUCCACUCCAACCUUGACGAACCUUGUCUUUAUUGUCUUCACUUUGUGCACAGGGGCAUUGCCAUGCUGGAACAGGUUUGGGCCCCUUAGAUCCAGUGAAGGAAAUUCUAUACAUUUGUUUGCUUCCAAAUUUGUGGCAACAGUUUGGGGAAGAACCACAUAUUGGUGUGAUGGUCAGAUGUCCACAUACUUUUGGCCGUACAGUUUAUAUGUGAAGUGGCUAAUGCUAUACUAAUACAUUUUGAGUAUGUAUAUAUUUACACAAUAAUCAAUUUUAAUUUGAAUCUUACAGAAUUAGCCUCUUGCAUCUGUAUAAUUGUGUAUGAUACACAUGCUUAAAAAUCACAGUAUAUACUGAAUGUGCUUGAGAGAUGGAAUUAAUGUUUAUUACAUUAAAAUGACCUUUUAUUAUUAUUAUUUCUAGAAAAAGCACUUUGCAAGCUACAAAUGCUGAACUAUUUCUAAUGAAAUGACCAAGGCAGUAAAAAUUUCUGUAUGUUCCCUGUAAAACUGAUGCAGAAAAUAGCUGCUUCCUUAUUAAUGUCACAGCACAAAUAGUACUGACACUUUGUGAACAAAGCUGCAUUAAAAUAUUUGGCUGUUAAAGUAUUUGGCUAUUUUGGGUUUACAAGGUAAAUCAUGAAUUAUUUCUGGAAUUGUGGAGCCUAUUUUACAAUCUUUCUUUUGAAACUUAUUUUAGUGAACCACUUCUUUUCAACACCACUGAGUAUUUUCCAGUAUUUUCAAUUAUAUGCAAUGUAUUUUCUCUACUCAAGUAAAAAUAUCAUUUCAUAUUCUAUAAAACUUGUUGAAUGUAUCUUUUGACAUUUUUUUAUUUCUUGCUAAAUUGAUCUUUGUCUUUUACACUGUAAAUACAACUAACAAAAAUUCUCAAAAUUGUUAGUGAAUAACACAGUAAAACGUGUGCAAAAUCAUUUGAACAGGAAACAGAAAAACAGGGAGGAAUCAAAAUGGAAAAAUGGAAACAACUGUUAUUAUUUUUUUACAUAUUUUUUUUAUUUUACUUUAUGUUUAUUUCAUACUCUAAUAAAAGCAAGUCAACAUUGCCAUUACUAAGUUUUUAGUAGUGACAACAUGUGAUCAAAAUCACAGGACAUCACAGAUGUAAGGUCAUGUGGGCGGGCAAGUUCUACAUACCAAAAGCAAGGUAAGAUGAAUGACAACACUAACUUUGCUAACUUUAAUUCUAAGGUUGUAAAUUUGCCAAAAAAAAAAAUUACAUACAUAUAACAUUCACAUACUAUAACA